UCCCUGGGAAUUAGAACGGGUCUGCUGUGGAGAAUAAUGACACAUAACCGGGAGGUGGCGGUAAUGCUUUUGGAUCUUCCCCCGCUAAAACCAGGAAAAUAAGACACUGGGAUACGCAGAACUGGGAUUACACACUACUACGCUGGACGAAGCGACGACAAAUAACGUAAUAUUUAGCCCCGGAGUGCUUUUUGCCUGUAGGAUCCCCGCCGGAAACCCCUGGAAACGCGAUUGGGAUCGUUUAGAGUAGAAGUUGGGGGUUUGUUGUGACAACAUGACAAUCACUAUCAGCUCGAAACAGAAAGUAGUAGCUUUUUGGCUUUGUUAAAUCAGUAAGCCACAAUGUCCAUUAAUUACUCCCAGUCGAUAUAAUUUCUCUGCUGGCCUUUAAGUGACGUUUGUUAACAUUUCGCGCUGUCGCGUGGAUGUAGUUGAAACAACGAGUAUUAAUAAUAUCCAUCGAAAUCAGCUGGAAUCUUACACAUUAUGAAGAGCACGUACGAACUCGUUCUAAGUUUGCUAAUAAUGUACGGAGUGUUUGGUGUUGAAACAGAAGAAGUGAAGUCAGUGUCAGUGAUGGAGGGAGAUUCUGUCACUCUGAACCCUGAUCUUUCUAAAAUACAAGGAAUGGUCCUGCUACUAUGGAGGUUUGGAGACAAAGGUUCCACCAUCGCUCAGAUUAAUGGAAAUGAUAUCAUAUAUGAAGAUUAUGAAGUAUUUAAAGGCAGACUGCAGCUGCAUCAGACUGGAUCUCUCACCAUCACAAACGUCAGAACCAAUCACUCUGGACUUUAUAAAGCAGAAGUCAGCCACAACAGUGGAACCUCAUACAUUAUGUUCAGGGUUACUGUCUAUGAGUCUCCGUCUGUUAUUGCUGGGGGUGAAACUGAAUUGAAGAGUGUGUCAGUGACGGAGGGAGAUCCUGUCACUUUUCAUGUUCCUCAAAUACAAGGAGAUGAGCUGAUAGUGUGGAGGUUUGGAGAUGAAGAAAAGCUCAUAGCUAAAGCUGAUAUAGAGGCCAAGAGCUCAUCAUUAUAUGAUGAAACUGAUGAGAGAUUCAGAGACAGACUGAAGCUGGAUCAGACUGGAUCUCUGACCAUCACAAACACCAGAAUCACAGACUCUGGAGAAUAUAAAGUGAAGAUCAGCAGCAACAAACAGACUUUAUACAAGAGAUUCACUGUUACUGUCAGUGAACCAGGUCUGUCUGGAGGUGUUGUAGCAGGGAUUAUUGUUGGUGUUGGUGUUCUCCUGGUGACUGCAGCUGUUGGUGCUUUUUUUUAUCGCCGCAAGAAAACUGAACUACAUAAUCAAAAGUCAAAAAUCUCUGAAACACUAAAUGAAACAUCGGUGAUCUCUGGAAAACUAAAGCUAAUGUCCGAGAUCUCUACACAACUAAAGCAAAUGACGGAGGACUGUGAAAAAGAAUUGUCUGAGAUAUCUGAACACCAUCAAACAUUGAAGAUCUCUGAAAAUCUAAAGGAAAUGUUGGAUAUAUCUGAACAACUAAAGCAAAUGUCGAAGGACUGUGAAAAAAAAUUGUCCCAGAUCUCUGAACGACUGAAGCAAAUGUCUCUGACAAAGAAAGGGGAGACCUCUGAACAGGAAACACCUUUAAAAGAUGAAAGGGAGCCCUUUGUACAUGCAGUAGGUACUGAUGUCACAAAAGAAGAUGCAACAAGAUCAGAGAUGGAGAAAGAUGAAAGGGAAAAGUUCAUUUUGGUUGAAGAUACUGCUUUAAGUCAAGCGAUUGGAGGACCACCUGAUGCUGAUGGGAGAAUCAGAGAGAGACAGGGCAAGAGCCUUGUACUCCGUAACACUGGUACUGAACAUACUGCAGUUCUUUCCAUUUAAUAUUUUAAUGUAACAAGUGUUUCUUCAUUUAUACACUAGCAUAUACGUGCGCUUUAGAAAGCUUCAUCUUUAUCCACCGUCUGCUCUAUUUAUAGAAUUCCAAAAAUCCAGCUGUACAGUGAUAAACAGGAAAAUAAUAUUCAAUUCUGCAGUAAAGCAGCUCUAAAAAAGAUAGAAAAGAAGUGCAAAUAUCCCGUCAUGUUUGCAAAGGCGAUUUACAUUUACUCCACCCAUCAGUGCCUGUUUGGGAUAAAUGCAAAAAAAAACAAACAAAAAAAACACUUUAUCCAUAACAUCAGUGGCCUUGGGAGUAAGACACAAGACAAUUAAUGGGCGAGUUGAAAAUCAUUAAAUGCCUCAA